AUGUCGACUGAACCUACUUUGGAAUGGCCUUCGGCGAAGGUCCGUCAGACGUUUAUCGAGUUCUUUGAAGAGAGGGGACAUACUUUUGUGAAAUCCUCUCCUGUCGUGCCACUGGAUGACCCCACCCUGCUUUUUGCUAAUGCAGGAAUGAACCAGUACAAGCCCAUUUUCUUAGGUCAAGUGGAUCCCAGCAGCCCCUUGGCUAAGCUGAAGAGAGCGUGCAACUCUCAGAAGUGCAUCCGUGCUGGUGGAAAGCACAACGAUCUUGAUGAUGUGGGUAAGGACGUGUAUCACCACACCUUCUUCGAGAUGCUUGGAAACUGGUCUUUCGGAGACUACUUCAAAGAAGGAGCCAUCAACUUCGCCUGGGAACUCCUGACGAAGGUCUACAAGCUGGACCCCUCUCGUCUCUAUGCCACCUACUUCGAGGGCUCUGAGGAGGACGGCGUUCCUUGCGAUGAGGAAGCCUACGCGAUCUGGCGAACGCACCUCCCCGACGACCACAUCCUUAAGGGAAACAAGCACGAUAACUUCUGGGAAAUGGGCGAGGUCGGUCCCUGCGGUCCUUGCUCAGAGAUCCACUACGACCGAAUCGGAGGCCGCAACGCCGCUGAUCUCGUCAACAAGGACGACCCCAACGUGCUGGAGAUCUGGAACCUGGUGUUCAUGCAGUUCUCCCGCGAUUCCACGGGCGCUCUGCACCCGCUGCCCGCGAAGCACGUGGAUACCGGCAUGGGCUUCGAGCGAAUCACCUCCAUCCUCCAGAACAAGAUGAGUAACUACGACACCGAUGUGUUCCUUCCGCUCUUCAAGGCUAUCCACGCCGUGAGCGGCGUUUCGGAGUACACGGGACUGGUCGCGGGGCAGAACGGCGCGCAGAAGGACAUGGCUUAUCGCGUUGUGGCCGACCACAUCCGAACCUUGACGAUGGCGAUCACGGACGGAGCGGCGCCGAGCAACACCGGCCGCGGCUAUGUGCUUCGCCGCAUUCUGCGUCGCGGAGUGCGAUACGGGCAGCAGAUUCUGAAGUGCAAGCCCGGGUUCUUCAGCCAGCUGGUGCCGACCGUGGUGGAGAACAUGAAGAGCGCGUUCCCCGAGCUGGAGGAGAAGAUGUGCUUCGUGCAGGAAGUGAUUCUGGACGAGGAGCUGUCGUUCAAUCGCACGCUGGAGAAGGGACUGAAGCGGUUCGCGCAGGAGGCGGAGGCCUGCCAGGCGAGCGGAGCGAAGGUGAUCACCGGCGAUGUGGCGUUCUUCCUGUACGGCACGCUGGGAUUCCCGAUCGAUCUGACGGAGCUGAUGGCGGAGGAGGCGGGUCUGAAGGUGGACAUGGAGGGCUUCAACCAGGCCAUCGAGCGCGCGCGCAUGGAGGCGAAGACGAACAAGAAGAACGGCGCCGAGCAGACCACGCUGGUGAUGGAGGCCGAGCAGGUGAGCCAUCUGCAGAAGAGCGGCGUGCCGGUGACCGACGAUCUCCCCAAGUACACGUGGUUCGAGACGCUGGAGUCGGAGGUCGUCGCGUUCUACGGCGCGGACAAGUCCUUCCCCGAGCAGAUCGCUCCGGAGAGCGGCGUGGUGGGCGUCGUGCUGAAGCAGACGCCGUUCUACGCGGAGUCGGAAGGCCAAAUCGCGGAUCGCGGAUCGCUGAGCGGAGCGAACGGAAGCUUCUCCGUGCAGCAGGUGCUUUCCUACGGAGGCUACGUUCUGCACAUCGGAGUGGUGGAGCAGGGAACGCUGCGGCUGCACGACGCGGUGACGUGCUCCGUGGACUAUGACUACCGUCUGCUCAUCGCGCCGAACCACACGCUGACGCACGUGAUGAACUGGGCCUUGCGCCGCGUGCUGCAGACGGAGGUGGACCAGAAGGGAUCGUUGGUGGACGAUCAGAAGCUCCGCUUCGACUUCAACCACACGAAAGCCGUCUCUCCGGCGCAGCUGAGCGAGAUCGAGCGACUGGUGAACGAGAAGGUGCACGACGCGCUGAAGGUGUUCACCAAGGUCUGUCCCAUCGACGAGGCCCGCAAGAUCUGCUCGCUCCGCGCGGUGUUCGGAGAGGCAGGCUACCCCAGCAAUCCGCGCUGGAUGGACUACUCCGUUGAGUUCUGCGGCGGAACGCAUCUCAGCAAUCUCGCCCAGGCCAAGUUCUUCGCGAUCGUCGAGGAGGGCUCCAUUUCGAAGGGAAUCCGCCGCAUUGUCGCCAUCACCGGAGACAGAGCCAACGAAUCCAUCGUGCUGGCCAAUCAGAUCGACGGAAUGCUGAGCCAUGCGCGGUCGCUGCAUGGAAAGGAGCUGGAGGCAGCCGUGGCGGAGCUGCAGCAGACGAUUCCGACCGCUGUGAUCAGCGUAGCGACGAAGGCGACGUUCAAAGAGGAGCUGAAGAAGCUGGAGAAAACGAUGAUGGCGGAACGAAAGGAGCAGAUCGCGAAGCAGUUGGAGUCUGCGAUUGCGGAGGCGGAGAAGGUGGUGAAGGAGGUGAAGGAGAAGCAGGAAGGCGGCCGUGUGUUCUACACGGUGGAAGGAAUCGACAGCUCGAACGCCUCGAAGCUGAUGCAGAAGAUUCGCGAGCUGGAUUCGGAGAGUUCUUACUUCAUUUUCAGUGUGGAUACGGCGAAGGUGGCGAUGUAUGCGCUGGUGGCGAAGGAAAAGGCGAGCAAGACGUUCUCGGCGAAGACGUGGAUUAGCGAGGUGGCUGCGGUGUGCGGAGGAAAGGGAGGAGGCUCGCCGAUGCAGGCGCAGGGACAGUCGAAGGAUCCAUCGAAUGUGGAAGCCGCGUUUGCGAAGGCGGAGGAGAUUCUGAAGGCGAACUUGUAAUGGUUCUAGGGU